AAUCACUUAAAUCAAAGGGCGGGGCUACAAAUCCUGUCACAGCAGCUGGCAUGGUGUGCUGCUAGCAGCUUCUGUCAGUCAGUGCCACGACUAAUUUCUGUCUAAACUAAACUCCCAGAAAGGACAGGACAAGAGACGGUGAAGCGUUGACCUCCAUCGUCUGACGGAGCUCGUUCUUCAGUUGCUGUGUAUCUGGAGGCCUUCACUUUUGUGUUAUAUUGCUGUUAGCUACGAAGAGCUAACUUGUUAGCUAACUUGUCCAGCUGCCUCAGCGCUGUAUGUGCGGCAACAACAUGUCAGCUCCUUUACCUACCAUUGUGCCUGCUGCCCGAAAAGCCACUGCAGCGGUCAUAUUUCUGCAUGGCCUUGGAGAUACGGGGCAUGGCUGGGCAGAGGCUUUUGCAGGCAUCAGAAUACCACAUGUGAAAUACAUCUGUCCUCAUGCCCCCACGAUGCCCGUCUCUUUGAACAUGAGGAUGUCCAUGCCUUCUUGGUUUGAUAUUUAUGGGUUGAGCCCUGAUGCAAAUGAAGAUGAGGCUGGCAUCAAAAGAGCAUCAGAGAACCUUAAAGCUUUGAUAGAUCAAGAAGUGAAGAAUGGAAUACCUUCACACAGAAUUCUCCUGGGUGGAUUCUCUCAGGGUGGAGCGUUGUCUCUUUACACAGCUCUGACAACUCAGCAGAAGCUCGCUGGAGUGGUCGCACUAAGCUGCUGGCUUCCCCUCCGCAAAUCCUUCCCUCAGGCGGUUGUCGGCAGUGCAAACAAGGACGUGCAUGUCCUGCAGUGCCACGGGGACGCCGACCCCCUGGUCCCUUUUAUGUUUGGCACUCAGACAUCAGAGAAGUUAAAAACGCUCAUCAACCCUUCAAACGUCACCUUCAAGUCAUACCGGGGUCUACCUCACAGUGCCUGUCCCGAGGAAAUGAUUGAUAUCAAGCGUUUCAUAGAGAAGCAGCUUCCUGCCAUCCAUGACGAGUGAACGAAGAGCAUCCGCUCACCAGCUCAGAGCUAUCGGAGUCCUCUGACUCCUGUGAAACAAGCUGGACUCGAUAACAACAGACUUUGUCGACAGUAAACCCGUGCUGCUGCUACUUAGAUUCAGACAGAACAGAAACCCAUAAGAGGAGUGACUGAGCCGAUCCUGCAUCUGACCUGGAGCCACACACACACGACUCAGCGUUACAUCAGAGUAACUGUAGUUGCUUGAUUGUCAAGCCUGUUGCCAUUGAAACAUGCCAUUUUGGCAGGAAAAGUAUGUAUUAUGAUCAUUAGGGCUAUACCUUUUAGGUUACUCGAAACAUUCUCACAAUAAAUGGCUUGUUAAAUGUUUUUAAUAGUCUGCAAGCAGGUUUGUUGGUCUGCCAUUUAACUUUAAAAGCUUAAUGCAUGAAAGAAUUGGGCAAAACAUUUCAUUUUUUAAACAUUAAUUGACAGCUUUUUGUGUAACUAGUAGGAAAAUAAUUUUAUAUUUUUACUAUUUUAUUAAGUAAUUGUAUAAUUUAUUAAUAACAAAUCGGCACUUGACACAUUAAGUACUUUACUCCUCCACCAGAGGGCAGUAUAGGACAUUUAUAAGAAUUGGAUUAGUUAAGGACUAAUCCGGUUUAAUUUAAAAUAAAUGUGUUACAUAAAGAGAUUUUGUGAUUGUUUUAAGAAAUUUGCUUUUAGCCUGGAUUUUUUUUUCCCUGUUUUAAUAAAAAUCAACAUUAAAUUGGCACAAACUGA